CCAAAGCUAAGCUCAAGCUCAAGCAUCAUCAAUGGAGGGCAAGGAGGAGGACGUUCGCCUCGGCGCUAACCGCUACUCAGAGCGGCAGCCCAUAGGCACGGCGGCGCAGGGCACCGAUGACAAGGACUACACGGAGCCUCCCCCGGCGCCGCUCUUCGAGGCAUCGGAGCUCACAUCGUGGUCCUUCUACCGUGCCGGCAUUGCUGAGUUCCUGGCCACCUUCCUCUUCCUCUACAUUAGCGUGCUUACCGUAAUGGGUGUAGUUGGCAACCCCUCAGGCUCCAAGUGUGGCACAGUGGGCAUCCAGGGCAUUGCCUGGAGCUUUGGGGGCAUGAUCUUCGUGCUGGUCUACUGCACCGCGGGCAUUUCUGGCGGCCACAUCAACCCUGCGGUCACCUUCGGCUUGUUCUUGGCCAGGAAGCUGUCGCUGACCAGGGCCGUGUUCUACAUGGUGAUGCAGUGCCUGGGCGCGAUCUGUGGUGCCGGGGUUGUCAAGGGGUUCCAGACAACUCUGUACAUGGGCAACGGCGGCGGUGCGAACUCAGUGGCACCAGGGUACACCAAGGGAGACGGGUUGGGGGCAGAGAUUGUGGGCACCUUCGUGCUCGUGUACACCGUCUUCUCUGCCACCGAUGCCAAGCGCAGCGCUAGAGACUCACACGUCCCCAUCCUGGCGCCACUUCCGAUCGGGUUCGCGGUGUUCCUGGUGCACCUGGCGACGAUCCCCAUCACCGGCACCGGCAUCAACCCUGCACGGUCCCUCGGCGCUGCCAUCAUCUACAACAAGAAGCAGUCAUGGGACGACCACUGGAUCUUCUGGGUUGGCCCAUUCAUCGGUGCGGCGCUGGCAGCCAUCUACCACGUGGUGGUGAUCAGGGCCAUCCCCUUCAAGAGCCGCGACUAGUCAGAAUCUUAUUGUUCAUCAUGCAUAGUGUGUGGUGAUGGAUGCGUGUGCGUACGCAGAUCAUUUUGCGCGCUGUAAUCAUCUACCUACAGUACUGUCCUGUUCGUGAGUGUGUGCGUGUCUGUCAGCGUCUUCACUGCAAAAUCUGUAAAUUUCAGU